CGGCCCCGCGCCCGCCGCGCUGCACCCGGAGGAGGUCGCCGCGCGGCUGCAGCGGAUGCACCGGGAGCUGAGCAACCGUAGGAAGAUCCUGGUGAAAAACCUGCCCCAGGACUGCAGCUGCCAGGAAGUUCAUGAUUUAUUACAAGAUUAUGAGUUAAAGUAUUGUUACGUGGACAGAAAUAAGCGAACAGCUUUUGUUACCUUAUUGAAUGGGGAACAAGCCCAGAAUGCAAUUCAAAUGUUUCAUCAAUAUUCUUUUCGAGGAAAAGACUUAAUAGUCCAGCUGCAGCCAACAGAUGCUUUGCUGUGUAUUACAAACUUGCCCACUUCGUUUACAUUAGAAGAGUUUGAAGAACUUGUCCGUGCUUAUGGAAAUAUCGAGAGAUGUUUUCUGGUCUACAGUGAAGUUACUGGCCAUUCCAAAGGCUAUGGAUUUGUGGAAUACAUGAAAAAAGAUUUCGCUGCUAAGGCUAGACUGGAGCUAUUGGGCAAACAGUUGGGAGCAUCAGCUCUCUUUGCACAAUGGAUGGAUGUUAAUCUACUAGCCGCAGAGCUCAUUCAUUCUAAGUGCCUUUGUAUAGAUAAACUCCCUAGAGACUACAGGGAUUCGGAGGAGCUGUUGCAGUUUUUUUCCAGUAUCCAUAAACCUGUGUUUUGCCAGUUUGCACAGGAUGAAAGUAGUUGUGUUGGUGGCUUUGCAGUGGUUGAAUAUAACACUGCAGAGCAUGCUGAGGAGGUUCAGCAUGCAGCUGACGGUAUGACCAUCAAGGGGAGCCAAGUCCAAGUUUCCUUCUGUGCCCCAGGAGCACCAGGGCGAAGUACAUUAGCAGCCUUGAUAGCCUCUCAGCAUGUGAUGCACAGUAAUCAAAAGGGCUUACUUCCAGAGCCAAAUCCUGUACAAAUUAUGAAGAGUUUAAACAACCCUGCCAUGUUACAAGUUCUUCUACAACCCCAACUCUAUGGGCGAGCUGUUAAACCAGCAGUUCUUGGAACACCUUACAGCUUGUCACAUCUGAUGAAUCCAUCCAUCUCCUCUGCAUUUUUACAUUUGAAUAAAGCACAUCAGAGCUCAAUUAUGGGUAAUACUUCUAAUUUAUUCCUUCAGAAUCUUUCCCAUGUACCACUGGCACAGCAACAAUUAAUGAAGUUUGAGAAUAUUCACACUAAUAAUAAACCUGGCUUACUUGGAGAACCCCCAGCUAUGGUACUGCAGACUGCAAUAGGGAUAGGGUCAACGCUUUCCUUGAAAACAGAGUUGGGCCAUCUUGGAGAAGCACAUAAAACAUCUAAUCUGAUUCCAACUCAAACAGCUCUGACAGCUGGGAUGGGCAUACUGCCAUUCUUUCCAAAUCAGCACAUGGCUGGACAAGCUGGGCUAGGGCCCGGAAAUACUCAGGAGAAGCAGCCAGCCUCCAUGGGAAUGGCUGAAGGAAAUUUCUCAGGGUCACAGGCUUAUCUUCAGAGCUUUCCAAAACUUACUGUUGGAGGUUUGCUGACGGGACACCAUAAGCAACAACAAAGUCAGCCAAAAGGCACGGAGAUAAGUUCAGGGGCUGCCUCUAAGAAUCAGACUUCACUCUUGGGAGAACCACCAAAGGAAAUUCGGCUGAGUAAAAAUCCAUAUUUGAACUUGGCAAGUGUGUUGCCCAGUGUGUGCUUGUCCUCCCCUGCGAGUAAAACCAGUUUACAGAAGACUGGGAUUGCAAGCAACAUCCUGGAUGCGAUCUCUCAGGGCAGUGAAUCACAGCGCACACUGGAGAAGUGCAUCACUCAACCCUUUGGUGACUAUGCACAGGUGUCAUCUUUAAGAAAUGAAAAGCGAGGCUCAUCAUAUCUCGUCUCUGCCCCAGAAGGUGGUUCAGUGGAAUUUGUUGACCAGCAUUCUCAGGGCAAAGGAGCAUAUUACGUGGAGACCUACUUAAAAAAGAAGCGAGUGUACUGAGCUAAGUUCUUUCCUUAUAUAACCUCAUAAGGUUCUUUGCAGUAUCUCUGCUGUUCAUCGCUGCCUUAACUACAUUCAAACUAGCCAUAUCCUUUAAAUACGGGUUUAUAGUUUCCCAGAAAGAACUGUGUUGUGCAGCAGGCAUAAUUGCCAAAUAAAAAGUAGCAAUAAGAAGAGACAUCAAUUGAGGACAUUUUCCACUAGAAUUAGAGUCAUCUUAUUCAAUGUGAUAUAAGUCCACUGUAGAAAUUAACAAUAUUCCUUGUUUUAGGACUGGGAAUAAUUUUGACACCAUAUAUAAAAAUUUGAAGCAAUAAAUGGGAAACAGUCUUGUUUCCUGGGCCUUAGAAGAAUGAGUUUCUUAUAAGCCAAUGUGUAUUUCAAUUUAAUUUCCCUUAGAAGUAAUCUCAUUUAUAGAUUUUUAGAUCUUUUCCUUAGAACUAUAGGAAUACAAAAUGCAGUGAUGGUAUCGUUAUAAAGAUGCUCUUAUAUGCAAACUAAAUUAUUACCCCCACACCAGCCAGGCAAUAUAUAAUCCAAACAGAGUGAUGGUGACGUCCAAAGUAUACACUGCUACAGAUGCUUUACUCUUAAUAUGUUAUUAACCACUUAUGCCUUUUGUGAAAAACAAGGUGUUUUAAGAAAAGUAGCUCUGGUGAUCUAAUUUCAGGGGUUGGCAAACUCUACCCCGGGGUGAAAUUCAGUCCUCCACCUGUUUUUGUACAGACUACAAGCUAAGAAUGAUGUUUACAUUUUUAAAUGGUUGGAGGAAAAAUGAAAAUUUAUGACUUUAAAAUUAUAGAAGUUCAGUGCCCAUACAUAAAAUUUUAUUGG